AAGGAGAAAGUUUCACGCUGACGGCGGUAGCAGCGACUGAAGCAAUGCCAUUUCGUCUAAAAUCCAGGCAGAGGCAGAAACAUCAUUUAAUGUUGAUAGAUGGUUUCUCAGCAAUAUGAAGAAGGGCAGCUGUGUUGGUUUUAGACAAGCUGCCAUCUGUCCCAGCAACCGACCAGGGAAGUGGCUCGAGAGGAUAUUCAAGAGCAGUUGCCAGAUUUAUUUUCCUAGUUUGCGCUUUUACUUUCAUUCGAGAAAAUAUAGGUUUAUCUGCUUUCAAAACAAUAGUUGCUUUUGAUGUUUUGUCUGUGGUUUUCGAGUCAUUGCAUCGAAAGUCUAGAGAUUUUGCUUUGGUAGUGUACUGAGACAAGAAAGAGACCACGCGGUGGGCUGUGUGCACCAUACUAGAUCUGGGUCUUAUCUUAUCGCCGUGCCCGUAUAUGCGGCGUCUAAAGUACAGUCAGUCUAAUAACACUACAUCUCCCUUGCAAGUCUCUUGCGAAUAGUUUCACUAAACUAGCAGAAUGAACUUUUGUACAUAACACAACACAACGCAACAGUGAUAGUAUAUGUGUUCUCUAUCAGUCCAAUUCCUCCGGUUGUUGACAACGCGACCGCUGCGAGUAACGACUUAUCCUGAAGAGUUACCUGGUGCUGAACCUUUUGGGGUGUCCGUUGGGAGGUCAGCAGCUGUUCUAUUGCCUUUUCCUCCGUGUAGUGACGCAUGAGCCGUGUCGUCAGAGGAUUCUGUGUUGUUGUUUGCCAGCUGAUCGUCUGUCAGAAGAACUUGUCAGGAAAAAAGGACGGACGAAAGGUUAAGAAGGUAAAAGACCCGGAAUCAGAAAAAUCACCUAGUACUAGUACUAAUUCUAAGGACGUCGACAAUGAGCCAUCUGCAUCCGGUACGCGCACAGCUGCAGAGGAAAUGCCGGUGCCUGAUGCUAGUGCUAUUUCAAAUUCAGAGGCAAAAGACCCAGAAAAUUUAGAGAAAGAUGGGAAUUCAAACUUACCUGCUAUUGGCGAUAUCGUUCACUUGCUUGACAAUAAGAAUAUUAAUGUAGGAACUGGACAGAUAUGUGGUCUUCACGGAUCACUGUGCCACAUGAGACCAGUACCACAGAGCCACAUGAAAGUCAAAGUUCAGUCUCUUAGUGGAGGUCACAGUGAAACACCUUACCCAUGGACAGAGAACAUUUAUUGGCAUCAUGAGCCAGUGAUGCCCAACUCUUUCCUAGUGUGGCCUGCAAAAUUUUUGCAGAAACUGCAGCUGGUUCAAGACGGCUCAUCUUCAAGAGCCACAGAAGGUUGUGAACGCAAGUGCAAGUUGGAACUAGCCGUAAUGGUUGGAUUUGAAGUAGCAAGACUUCGAGACGUGAGUAGGACGCACUCAUCAGCGCUUGCCGGAGUCUGGAAAUUCAGCUUGGGCCAGACAAAAGCAAAGCCAAACUGCUGACGUUGGUGGGUGACGCCAUGCUGAAGGAGGGAAUUGUCAAGAUAAAAGAGACAAUGCAGUCGACGUCAGACGUCCUACGUAGAGAUGACUUCUAUAAAUCAAAGACAUUUUAGCUAAGUGUGUUGUUCUGGUACAUGGUAGUUUCAGUGCAGCGUAUUUUGUUGUUCUUUUUAUGGAUACUGCUAAGGUUUGGAUUCUUUUUGUAGCAUCAAUGCAUUGUUUUGAGUGCAUCUUAUGUACGUGCGUAGCAAUUCUCAAUGUUUGCUUCUGCUUUCAGCUACUGACACAACAACAGUAACCUAACUGGAUUGUAUUGUAUUUUCCAUUAAUGUUAUGAAUAAACC